CACAUCCGCCGAUCCUCACAUGGAAACAUCACAGCAGCUCUGCGCCUUUACGCACGAAGCUCCCAAGGGUAAAAUGACCCGUAACGAACCCUGCACAGUUUUCCACUCCAUGCCAGUUUAGCGCAUGUUGCAGAAGAUGUGCACAGAGCUUCCUUCAGCUGCAGCAGAGUUCAGACACCGGGGGAAAGUUUGCAGCAGUUUCUGAGCCCCGCUGCUCUGGAGGACUCAGUCCGACAUGAAGCUGUGUAACCGGGGUAUGAUGAUGCUGCUGACCACGGCGGGGGCUUUCUGCGCCUUCAGCCUCAUGACCAUCGCAGUGGGCACGGACUACUGGCUCUACUCCCGCGGGAUGUGUCGCUCCAAGAGCCAGAACGAAAACGAGACCGUCCGCAAGGAGGAGGUCCUGACGCACUCCGGCCUGUGGAGGACCUGCUGCACUGAGGGGACGUUUCGGGGCGUUUGUGCAGACAUUGAUCACUUUGCUGAAGACGCAGACUAUGAGCAGGAUGCUGCAGAGUAUUUACUACGAUGCGUCCGAGCGUCCAGCCUCUUCCCCAUCCUCAGCGUGGGAUUGUUAUUCCUUGGAGGCGUGUGUGUAGCUGCCAGUGAGUUCUACAAGUCGCGCUACAACGUUAUCCUCUGCGCGGGUAUACUCUUUGUCUCUGCAGGUCUCAGCAACAUCAUCGGCAUCAUCGUGUACAUAUCGGCCAACUCAGGGGACCCCAGCCAGAGCGACAACAAGAAGAGCUACUCGUACGGCUGGUCGUUUUACUUUGGCGCUCUGUCCUUCGUGCUGGCUGAGAUGGUGGGAGUCCUGGCAGUGCACAUCUUCAUAGACAGACACAGGCAGCUGCGCACGAAAGGCCGGGCUUCCCUCAUAAAGCCACCCAUCUCCCGAAGCUCGUCUUACUACCGCCACCGCUUGUACCAGAACCGCUCCCGCCGAUGUAGCUACAGGAGCAACCACAGCGCAGCGGACUUGACCAUGCAGUCCUUCAGGGCGUCCUUGGUGCAGGAGCGAGAGCCGUCCCUCUCAGCCGAAUCCAAAGUCGCCGGCAUGGCGGGUUUGCCAACACCAAUGACAGUGGACUCAGAAUUCAUGCUCUACACGCUAACCUCUCCGCUCAACGACAGAAAGUUUGACAUGGCUGUGGAUGAUUUGAACCAUGUUGCUGCUCACAACAACACAGAGAUGCUGCCCGGGAACUGUGCUGCCAACAGAAGGACCACACCUGUGUGAGCGGACAUUUUCUGUAGGACGGACAUGUACAGUGAUGAAAUACAACUAAAAUGAGGGGAGAACAUUGACUUUGAGGAAAUCCUCACCCCUUAAGUAAAGCAAGAGGAAAGACUUUGGAUAUUGCAGUAGAGGAUGUGUCAACUAUUCUGUUGAUUUCUUUAUUCAUUGUUUGGUCUACGAAAUGUCAAAGAACUGUCGAAGCAUCUUUUCCCAGAGCCUAACAUGACUUCUCUGAAUUAUUUGUUUUGUCAACUGAGCAAAACUCCAACGAGAGUCAGUUUAAAAUUUUAUAAAAUAAAUUAAUUCAGCAAAUUCUUAUGAUUGCGAUUCUGGAGUCAGAGAAUGAUUAUUAAACUAGAAUGGGACUCAGCAAAGCACAACCUCUGCCAAGAACCAACAGCUGCCUCAAGCUGCACCAAAUUACCUCAUUCAUGGAUAUCAGUCCCCUAAAGCCUGAUUCUGAUUCUUAAAUUUGUCUGAUUUAAAAAGAAAUUGAGAUCCAUGAAAAUUAUUUUAUUUUAAAUCCUAUGUCACAAUGUACAAAUAGAAUUUAAAAAAAAACGUGGAUCUGCUCCAAAAAUGGAUUCUUCGCUGACCCAUACCUAGAAAUCCACACAUACCUUUGUGCUCUUUGUAUAUUUUUUUGCUUCGAUAUUGCAGUUUCUACAUCUGUAAUGAGUGCGAAGAGUGUGCAUUGUAAAAUAGGUAUGUGUGUGUGACACACGGUCACACAGAGAGCAGCAACCACAAAAAAAUUAAGAAUACACUGAAAAUGAACACACACACAUGGGAGUGACGUAACUGUCCUGUUCCUGCCCUGCUUUCAUGGACCCAGGCACAGAAUCGAAACCCCAUUUAAUGCAUUAAAACUCUCUCUAUCUGUCUCUCACUGUGUUCGCGUGCCAUUGUGUUGUUUUGCGUGAGCAUCUGAGCAUGCAGAAGGUCGUUCCCCUGUG